CACGUUGCUAACUGUCGCAAUUUGCCUAGCUGCAGCCCAACCUGUCACACGGGAGCAACAUUGAAAUUAAAUUUGAAAACGCUGCUGCAGAAAAAAUAAUGGCAGACGAUGAGAAGUUGCCGUCUGGAUGGGAGAAAAGAAUGAGCCGCAGUUCAGGCAAAGUGUACUACUUCAACCACAUCACGAAUGCGAGCCAGUGGGAACGUCCAGUGGGAGACGGCCGUGGAGAGCCAGAUAAGGUACGUUGUUCUCACCUGCUGGUGAAGCACAAUCAGUCACGUCGUCCAUCUUCUUGGCGGGAACAAAAUAUUACACGAACUAAAGAUGAGGCCCUGGAACUCAUUCAGAAGUACAUAGAAGAGAUCAAGUCUGGAGAGGAGAAGUUUGAGGCCCUGGCAUCUCAGUUCAGCGACUGCAGCUCAGCUAAGAACGGUGGAGAUCUGGGAUUAUUUGGCAGAGGUCAAAUGCAGAAGCCUUUUGAAGAUGCCUCCUUUGCUCUCAAGGUGGGAGACAUGAGCGGUCCUGUUUUUACUGACUCUGGAGUCCACAUCAUCCUACGUACUGGUUGAAAGGAAGAAACCACAUAGUGUACUUUCUUCUUACGUCUUUAUACACACACACACACACACACAGUCCAACCUAACCACACCUGUGAUUUAUUUUAAUGACACACACAACCAAUAAACAAAGCUUUUGGGCUGUAUCGCAGUAUGUUAAGUGGGAUCAUUUUGUUCCAAGCACUAUUGAAUAUGUAUGAAUAAUUUCAUCACACUGAACAUCAAGGAAUAUUGCAGAUUAUUCCUGUAAGACCUCAAGCUUUUAUUAACCAUGGCAAUGCCAUUAUAUAAAAAUAUGAGUGCCUGUGACUGUUGUGAAGUGAAUGCCCAGUGGAAACAGUUUCACAUGAUGCGCAAAGUUUGAGAAUGUGUCUGUAAAAGCUUGUGCUUUUGUAUGUGCAUGUCUUCAUAAGGACCAUUUAUUUCUACUAUAUGCGUGCCAAAGCAUUUCCUAUAUCUGUAUAAUUGUUUUGGAAAGUGGAUUCACAAGAUGUUUAAAAUACUUUCUAGCUGUUGCAGACCCCUGCAGUUCAAGAAAGCACAGUUAUUCUUAGUUCUCUACAUUUAGCAUUGAUUUAAAGUCUGUGUCCCUUGUAGAUAUUCAGUAACAUAGAAUCAUUUGUUUUCAUAAUUCACUUUGCAUGCAUGUUUCCCCCCUGUAGGAUAUGCAAAGGUGGUGUUGAAAACUUCCAGGUUUUAACAGUCAGCUCCACCGCUUUUAAAAGCAGCAAAAUUCAGAUGAACUGUUACACUGUUGUGUCAUUGGAGUUUUUCUUUCAUCAAUUAAAAAUCUCUUUUUUUGUAAGUC